CGGGUUUCACUCCUCAGGAACGCUUUUUCUAUCUUCUUCAUCUUUUCCCCAGGCUUUUUUAUUGUCAACGUCCCAGGCUGGAUUCGCUGGUUCCGCUGGAUCUCCCCUCACUUCUUCUCCUUCCGCAUCGUCGUCAUCUCCCAGUUCCGCAACUGCACAUUCUCCUGCCAAGGUGUCACCGCCUCCGCACUCGCACAGUGUUCAGGCAACAACGUGCUCCGUGGCCUGCGCAUCUCACCCACGGAGCCACUGUGGCUGAUGUUCCUCGGCAACCUGGGAUUCCUGCUCGCCGUCAUGACCUUCUCGUGGUUUUUGCUUAUGGUGUGGAAGCCCGGCGGUGUGCGACAUGCGCAGUGCGUUGCGAGCGACGUCAAGGGCAAAGAGAUCAGCGAGGCGGAGAUCAACAUCGUGUGGGCGUGCGUCGACGUCACCGCCAAGCACGUCGGACUCUUCCAUGUCCGCCGGACGCUUCCGUCGUUCAAGCGCAUCGAGACGCCGAUCCUGACAGAUGUUAGUGCGCGGUUUCCGAGCGGUGAGGUAUCGGUGAUCAUGGGACCCAGUGGGUCGGGGAAGAGUACGUUCCUGCGGAUGUGUGCUGGGCGGCCGACAAAGGGUGGGCUGGUCAGCUCGUUUGAGGGGCAUGGAGAGAUCAAGCUCAAUGGUGUACCUGUAUCGAGUCGCACAAGGCAUAUAUGUGCCUUCGUCGAGCAAGAUGCAGAUGACAACUAUCACCUGCCAGCAUUGACCGUACGGGAGACGCUCCGGUUUGCAGCUAUCAUCAAGUUGCACAGCACAGUCAGUUGCAAGCACAAGAUUGCUCGUGCGGAAGAAGUUCUGAGGAUGCUCGGUCUUCGGGACUGCGCUGAUGGAAUGGUCGGCAGCGAGUUACUGAAGGGGAUAUUGGAUGGAGAGAAGCGCAGGCUAUCGUUAGCAUGUCAAAUGAUCAAUGACCCCGCAGUGCUCAUUCUUGACGAACCUACCAGCGGUUUAGAUGCCAGCACAGCACGAAACGUGAUGGAGGCUCUUCAAGAUAUUGCCCGCAGCGGGUGGACUGUGAUAGCAUCCCUGCACCAGCCCCGCAGCGACAUCUAUAACAUGGUCGAUAACUUCGUAGUUCUAGCCAAGCAAGGAAAUGUUGUCUAUCAAGGUCCUCGAGAGCAACUACUUCCCCAUUUUGCGUUAGCAGGCUAUGUCUGCCCUCCGUCCUACAAUCCGUCGGACUACUGUAUGGAUUUAAUAUCGAUCGACGUGCGUGGACAGGCUAGGCAAGAACAGACCUCGGCUUGUGUCAAAUUUUUGAUUGAGUCCUGGAAGACCCGACAAGACAAAAUGCUCGAGUACAUAGCUAGCAAAUCCGUCGCCGCUAAAGAAGCAGUUGCCGAUACACCUGUAGAGCUAGAAGAUCGUCCAGAGUACACGCCCAUAUGGAUCGCCCUUCCUGUCGUCCUCGAUCGAACAUUCUGCAACAGCUGGAGACAGCCGGAUAUCUUCUGGACCAGGUGGACCCAGGCCCCAAUUCUAGCUAUCUGUUUCUUCUUAUUCUUCCUGCGACUGUCCAACGGUCCAACGAGUGCUCAAGAUCGCAUCGGUCUGAUUGUGGAAACUACCACUGCUCUUGCUUAUGUUGGCUUCCUGAACUUGGCUGCACUCUACCCGAUGGAGAAGACCGUCUUCUUCCACGACUACAAAUCGGCUGGUGGGCGGUAUUCGAGCGCCACAUUUAUCACGGCAUUCACCAUCUUUGCUAUCGUCCCUGAGUUCAUCUCCGCCCUUCUGUUUUCCGUCAUCAUGAACGUCGCUACGGGUAUGCAAAGCAACGCACGGAUCUACUUUGAAUUUACUGUUUUUGUCUGGAUACAGCUCAGCUUCGGCAAGAGUGUCGGCAUAGCCUUCGCGUCGUUCUUCGACACCAUGGGCCUUUCCGUGUCCCUCGUCUCUGUCUUCCUCGCUGUCGUCUCGCAGGCUGGUAGUGUCCUUUCUGCGUCGAUUGCCCUGUUUCUUCAGGAUAUUGCGUGGAUUUUCCCAAUGAAGUACGGAGUACGAAUGCAGCUACUCAUCAACGAGAUGCAGGGAAAGGUGUUCAACUGUCCGCCAGAUACCAUUACUAACGGCGAGUGUACUGCCGCGACUGGACAGCAAGUGCUGGACUUGUUCGGAUUUCAUGAUACCACCUGGCAUCUUGUCCUUAUAUCGAUCGCAGUCACUAUAGGAUACCACAUUGCCGCCUGGGCUAUUCUAUCUGUGAGGUGA